CGGUUUGCUUUGAAGCUGUGCCGUGGAUAUGGGUUCCCUUCGAUCGCGAUGAUCUUGACGUCUGUUCAGCAGUCGGAACCACGACUCUUUCUCGGGUGGACGUGUUUUACGUGAUUUACUUCCUUGCAUUGAACUUGUAAACAAGUGCGUUAUGAAGAUCCUACGAACGCUGCUGCUGUUGGCGUUAGUCGGAGUGUCGGCCUUGGUGAGGGCCGAAGAUAACUACCAAUGUGGUGUUCCCCGGGCGAGGACACAGUUUUUGAUUGUUCGCGGUGAGGAUGCGCGUCACGGAUUCUGGCCCUGGCACGUAGCUCUGUGGCUGAGACAGCGGGACAAUACGGAGCGAUACUCGUGCGGGGGUACGCUAAUUAGCAAAAAGUUCGUUCUAACUGCGGCUCAUUGUAUGCUCAGUGAGAACAGGCAUCAGCUUUUGCGAAGUGCUAGUGACGUCACGGUUUGGGCCGGCGUGUUUAACCUUUUGAACCCGGAAACUGAUACCCGGCAAAUUAGGUCUGUUUCCAAGAUACACAUUAAUGGCUAUGCUCGGGACAGUUUAUUGCACGACAUUGCUUUGCUGGAGCUCUCGGAGCCGCUGCAGUAUACGGCCUACGUACUGCCGGCUUGCUUGAACGCCAAACCGGAUCUGCGAGUUGACACCGGAACUGUUGUAGGUUGGGGUAUAGCCGACAACGAUAAACCUUCACUAGACAUCCUGAAGAAGGUCUCGCUGCCAGUGGUGGCCGAGUCCGAGUGUCUCAAGUCGGAUCCUAGCACAUUCGGAGUGGUGCUACAGAAGGAGGUGUUCUGCGCCGGGACUACCAAUGGGUCAGCACCCUGUAACGGGGACAGUGGUGGAGGUCUGAUGAUGCAACGGGGAGAUGCAUGGUAUGUAGCAGGUAUCGUGGCUUUCACCAAAACUCGCAGCGGAACGUCGAAUCUAUGCUUUGCCGAGUCCUACACGGCAUUCACCAACGUAACGGCUUACUGGGACUGGAUCGAACAGGUCACCAAUACGGAUUUCCGGGGCCAGUACAAUCAAGAAAAGAACGUUCCAUGUAAAACUGCCAAGGGUCAGCAGGGACAAUGUGUUCCCCUACAGCAGUGCAGAGACAUCUUCAACAUGAUCCGAGCUCCGCUCAUAGCUCAGGAGGAUGCUUACUACAUCAACCGAUCCGUGUGUCAGCUGGCCGGAAUACCUCGAGCCGUCUGCUGCCGGAAGGAGCAAAUCGAAGAGGUUCCUCUACAUCCGAACGCUCUGCUUUUGCCAAGCGAUUGUGGACGGGCCAGAAUUCGAAACCGCAAUCCACUGGAUCAGACCACCGCGGUCCUGGAGUAUCCCUGGAUGGUCAUGGUUCGCUUUCCACCGAAGAAAAAUGGCGUCAUUCCAUUCUGCCUGGGUACACUGCUGAACACUCGUUACGUUCUUUCCGUUGCCGAGUGUAUGAAAAAGACCAAGAUGAGCCCGACACACGUUCAGCUGGGAGAAUUCAACGAGGAAACGGAUAUCGACUGCAGCACCGACAGCCGCGGGAGAACUCUUUGUGCCGAUCGGGUCAUCAACGUAGGAGUUGAAUCCGUAACAUUCCAUCCGCUUUUUAACGUCCCUCAGUACACUAACGAUAUCUCGAUUGUACGAAUGUCUGCCGACAUCCAAUACACAGACAGCAUCCGUCCAAUCUGUUUGCCACUGUUUUCCCCACAUCGUCAGGACUAUCCGGAGUAUCUGGACAUCACGGCUUGGCGCCUGGACUGGAUGGCCAAGAACAUCUACCAGGGUUCGCUGAUGCGCUAUCCGCAGCGGAUGAUGGACAUCGAUACCUGCCAGCUGCGCUACGAGGAGGUCGGUUUCAGUCCGGAUCUGAACGGGAAGGACCGGCUAUGCGCGCUGCAGUUGGGGCCAGAAUUUCAUUGUGAUCGGAUGGCCGGCGCCCCCGUUGGCAGGUACGUCAACAUGGACGGCGAUCGGUACGUCCAGUUCGGGCUGUGGAAGUGGGGACCGCUAAAUUGUACCGUCCGGGAACGGGUUCCCGGGCUCGGCAUGAACCUGAACCAGUAUCUGGAUUGGAUUUUAACCAACAUCCAACCGUCGGAUUCGAGCAUUGUGAAAGGAUGAGAAUAAAUUGCAUUGAAAAUUUUUAA